AUGAACGACUUAACAUGUAAUAGCAUAUGUCAAUUACUGUGUUGUCCCCCAGUUCCUUCGAAGAUAGCGGCAAAAUUAGCAUUUAUGCCACCACCGGCUAGUUACCAAGUAUCUCCCUCAAAUAACACGGAAGUUACGAAGGCAAAAACUCGCAAGGGAAAUACUAUAGCUAUUUUGUAUAUGAAAACAAACCCACACACUAAGCUGACGUUUCUCUUGAGUCAUGGGAAUGCCGUUGAUUUGGGACUUAUGGUGAAUUUUAUGCACGAACUGGGUACCAAGCUCAACGUGAACAUAAUGUGUUACGAUUACUCGGGAUAUGGAGCUUCAUCAGGAAAACCACUUGAAAAAAAUCUGUACGCAGAUGCCGAGUGCGCCCUAGAUGUCCUAAGAACAAAAUUUUCGGUUCCACUGGACCAAAUUGUCCUCUACGGUCAAAGUAUAGGUACCGUCCCCACUGUGCACCUGGCGACUUUGCACCGAGUGGCAGCCGUUGUUCUUCAUUCGCCACUAAUGUCCGGUUUACGCGUGGCUUUUCCGAGGCUAAAGCGUAAUUAUUGCUGCGAUUUAAAUCUUAUGACAUUCUAUACUUUCCACAUGCAUCGAGCGUUGUCACUUAGGCUGGUACCUAAUACUGAUUAG